CCUGCCCUGGCUCAGUCACAAAACUGCGCGGUAACCUCCGGAAGUAAUUCCGCGUUGGUUGCCGGGACUGAUGAUGUGGCCCCGAUUUACCCCGCCCCUUGUCGCUAUGUCGGAAGAAACCCGACAGAGCAAAUUGGCCGCGGCCAAGAAAAAGUUGAAGGAAUUCCAGCAAAGGAACAACACUAGUGUUCCUGCAGGAGCGAAGAAGAAACGGAAGAUCAGAAAUGACGGUAGCCCCAAGACAACAACUUCUGGUGGUUGCCAGCCAUCUGAGGAUAUUCAGGACAUUCUGAAGGUGCUGGUGUCUGACCUUAACCGCUCCAAUGGGGUAGCGCUAUCCCCAUUGGACAAGUGGAAGGCGCCCAAAGAUCGCACCACUCCUACACCGGAACCUGGUAAUGACACCAUCACACCUGGCGGUGUCUGUCCCGCCAACGCUGAUUCACUUCAUGCCAAUAACAUGGCAUCACUUCAGAACCAUGAUGCAAACAAUGGUACUGACUCCAUGGCUGAAAACCAGUCUCUGUCAUCUACUGAGAGCCUGCGACAGAUUUCACAACAGCUCAAUGGGCUCGUGUCUGAGUCGUCAUCUUACAUCAAUGGAGAGGGCCUAGCAUCUUCUACUAACAUAAAGGAUCUGGAGAACCGGUACCAAGAACUUUCAAUUGCCCUGGAAUCGAGUACUCUAACAAACAAACAACUCAGUAGCAAGAUAGAGGAAUUGAAACAGCAAAACCAGGAUGUUAUGGACCAACGAGAAAAAGAUAAAAAAGAAUUUGAGCAAAAGUUUGCAAAGGAACAAGGGGCUCUCAGAGAACAAUUGCAGGUUCACAUCCAGACUAUCGGUAUCUUGGUGUCUGAAAAAUCAGACCUACAGACAGCUUUGGUCCACACUCAGAACGCAGUCCGACAGAAAGCAGGAGAAUUAGAGGAUGUUGCCAAUCGCCUGAAGACUUCCCGACAGCGCGUAGGAGAGCUCGAGCGGACUCUGUCAUCGGUCUCCAAACAACAAAAGCAGGCUGACAAGUACAACAAGGAGCUAACUCAGGACCGAGAUAGCCUCAGGCUGCAGUUACUCAAGCAGAGCAAUAACAAUGAGGACCUAACGCAGCACAACUCUGAAUUGACGGAGAAGCUCCGAGUCUUGGUCAAAGAGAAAAUAGCCAUGCAGCAUGGAAUGGAGGAGCUGCAGAAGAAGCUAGAGAUGUCGGAGCUAUUGCUACAACAGAUCUCUAGUGCAUCUGAUAGAAGCGAGGUUUUACAGCAGGCCCAGGCAGAGCGAGCAAAGCUAGAGAGCCGUAUAGAACAGCUCAUGGAGACGGUGAAGAAACUGCAGUUAGAGAGAGACCACUAUGCAGAGGCCCUGAAAACAGAGAGCGCCAUUUGGCGGCAGCAGGCACAGCAAUUGUCAGAGCAGGUGCGAACAUUGAGAGAAGAGAAGGAGCAUGGCAUGAUUCGGGUGCAGGAGCUGGAAGCCAGCUUGGCUGAACUUAAGAACCAGACAGCUGUCCCCCCACCCGAGGCGCCUCCUGUGGGGCCCUCUGAGGAGGAAAAGCGGCUGCAUGCGGAGGCUGAACAGCUGCAAAAGGAGCUAGAGAAACUUACAGGGCAGCUGCAGUUCCAUUUGAAAGACAAUGAGACCCUGACUCGCCAGAAUGAGGAGCAGGGGCAGCGGCUUAGGGAGCUAGAGCGGAUAGCUGAGUGCUGGAACGAGCAAGAGGCCGCUCGUGAGAAGAUUCUGGAGACUAUGCAGAAUGACCGCGCCACCAUCAGCCGUGCUGUCUCCCAGAACCGCGACCUCAAGGAGCAGCUUGCUGAGCUGCAGGAUGGCUUCGUCAGGCUGACCAAUGAGAAUGUGGAGUUGACUAACGCCCUUCAGUCGGAGCAGCAUGUCAAGAAGGAGCUGGCCAAGAAGCUGGGCCAGCUACAGGAGAAGCUGGGGGAGCUAAAGGAGACGGUGGACCUGAAGAGUCAAGAGGCUCACAGUCUGCAAGAGCAGCGAGACCAGUAUCUGAGCCAUUUGCAGCAGUACAUGGCCACCUGUCAACAGCACGAGGCUGCAUAUCAAAACCUCGCCUCUGAGAAGGAGAUGCUGCGCAAGCAGUUACUGCUGCAGUCUCAGCUCAUGGAACAGCGGCAACAUGAGGAAGUGCAGAGAAAGAUGGCAGCUGAGAUGGUCCACCAAGAGUUGCAGCAGACCCAGGAACGCCUAGAAGCUGCCAUCCAGCAGAACCAGAAGCUGCAGGCCCAGCUGAGCCUUAUGGCUCUGCCCGAGGAAGGAGAUGGGCUGGACAGUGAAGAAAAGGAUGAGGAGGCUCCCCAGGCAGAGCUGAGCAUUCCUGAGGACCUAGAUAGCCGAGAUGCCCUGGUGGCCUUCUUUAACUCAGCCCUAGCCAGUGCUAGGAAAGAGCAGGCACAACUGAGGGGGCAGCUAAAAAAGCAAAAGUUACAAUGCCAGCAGUUGGCACACCUAGAGGCCACAUCCCAGCAUGAGCCAAAGAUCCCAGCUCCCAGGACCGGGGAGGACAGUGUGUCUGGGGAGACCCACCAGGCCCUACAAAUGGCCAUGGAGAAGCUGCAGGGCCAAUUUACAGGUGUCAUGCGGGAGAAAAUAGAACUACAGGAACGCUUGAAACAGCUAGAACACCGUUGCAUCCAGUUAUCGGGAGAGACAGAUACCAUCGGUGAGUACGUUGCCCUGUACCAGAAUCAGAGGGCAGUGCUGAAGGAGCGGCACCGUGCCAAGGAGGCGUACAUUAGCCGGCUGGCUCAGGACAAGGAAGAAAUGAAGGUGAAGCUGCUGGAGCUUCAAGAACUGGUGUUACGGCUGGUAGGCGAGAAGAAUGAGUGGUAUCAAAAAUAUCAAGUUGCUUCCCAGAGCGCUACUGUUGAUGAGCACGGAACAGUGCCCCCAGCCCCCCAGGAGCUUGAAUCUGCUGAUGGGCAAGGCCUCCAUGAAGUAAGCCUGGCUGAUGAUGUGGAGUCUGUUCAGGAAGGGACCUUCUCAGUCCAAGCUGGUCCCGAGAACCCCACCGCCCAGCAGAUAAUGCAGCUGCUGCAGGAGAUCCAAAACCCACAGGCGCGCCCAGGCCUGGGCAGAAAUCCGUGCAUUCCAUUCUUUUAUCGUCCUGACAUUAACGAGGAGGUAAAGGUCUUGAUGAUCUAAACCUCACAGUGGGGUCGGGGACUCUGUCCCCACUCCUUCCCGACACCCUUCUCCAUCACUCCUUACCUACUAUCCCUUUAUCCUUAGAGUAGCAAGAUAGGGAUCCUGGGUAAACUCUCUGCCUGAUAUAGGGAGGUAAACAGGUGCACACAUCUUGAUACAUUAGCCAGGCUUAUUGUUCAUCUCUGGGCUAUGGCUGUUUUGUUCAGAAAAACCAAGAGCCCUCACCAAGCAGUCCUUUUUCCAGGGGGCUUAUAUCCUCUAUGGGGGCCGGGGGGCUGCAUCCUCCAUUCAAGAAGGCCCAAAUAUCCCAUAGUCAAGGCCUGGGAUCAGGCAUUCUAUUCUAGACGGGCUCAGGUAUCUCUGGUGGGGGGGCCUUGGGUAUGUCUGUUUAAGGGGGGAGGGCUAGGAUUUGUUUAAGGGGGGGGUCCAGGCUUUAUUAAAGGGUGGGGGGAAUGGUAAUCUAUAUAAGGGGGGGACUUGGAAAUCUUUUGAAGGUGGCAGAAAGACUUAUCACCAUCCAUCCCAACAGGGAACUUGGAAAUCUCUUUAAGGUGGCUGACUUGUAGCAGAGAAAACUAAAGUACCAUCUAUCCAAACGGGGAACUUGGAAAUAUACUUAGGUGGGAGACUUCGAUUCUAGCAGAAAAACUUACUAAGAUCCAUUCCAACAGGGAACUUGGAAAUCUCUUUAAGGUGGCUGACUUCUAGCAGAGAAAUCUGAAGUACCAUCUACCCAAAUGGGGAACUUGGAAAUAUACUUAGGUGGGAGACUUCAAUUCUAGCAGAAAGACUUUUUACCAUCCAUUCCAACAGGGAACUUGGAAAUCUCUUUAAGGUGGCUCUCUUCUAGCAGAGAAAACUAAAAUACCAUCUAUGCAAAUAGGGAACUUGGAAAUAUAUUUACAGUGGGAGACUUCAGUUCUAGCAGAAAGACUUAGUACCAUCCAUUCUAAUAGGGAACUUGGAAAUCUCUUUAAGGUGGCUGACUUUGAGUAGAGUUAACUAAAGUACCGUCUAUCCAAAUGGGGAACUUGGAAAUAUUUUUACAGUGGGAGACUUCAAUUCUAGCAGAAAGACUUACUACCAUCCAUUCCAACAGGGACCUUGGAAAUCUCUGUAAGGUGGCUGACUGCUAGCAGAGAGAACUAAAAGUACCAUCUAUCCAAAUGGGGAACUUGGAAAUAUACUUAGGUGGGAGACUUCAAUUCUAGCAGAAAGACUUCUGUGUAAGGUAGGGAACUUCUGUUCUAGCAGAAAGACUCAUUACAGGAUUUAGAAAUCUGUUUAAGGUGGCACACUUCUAUCCUAGCAGACUUAUUGCCACUCAUUCAAAUGGGGAACUUGGAAAUCUGCUUCAGGUGGCAGACUUCUAGCAGAAAGAAGUACCAUCAAUGGCAGGCAUAGUAAAGGUGGAUUCUGCGCCAUCUAGUCAAGGGCAGGGGUGGGGGUGGCAUUUGUUUUAAAAGGGAAAUCUUCAGAAACCUGUUAAAGGAGGGAGGAAGGCAUCAAAAUUAGAGGGGGACUCUCAUGAACUCUACUCAAGGAAGGGGGAAAGCAUCGAAAUAAAGGGGGACUUACAUGAAUCCUCAAUUUCGUUACCUUUCCCCUUCCUUGAAUAGAGGAUUCGUGGGAGUCCUCUUUAAGUGCCUUCCUCCUUCCUUGAGUAGAGGAUUCAUGCGAGCCCCUUAAUUUCUCGAUGCCUUCCCUCUUCCUUGAAUAAGGGGGGAUUCUCAUGAACUCUAUUCAAGGAAGGGAGAAAGCAUCAAAAUUAAGGGGGACUCGCAUGAAUCCUCAAUUCUGAUGCCUUCCCCCUUUGAAUAGAGGAUUCCUGCGAGUCCCCCUUAAUUUCUAUGCCUUCCUCCUUCCUUGAAUAAAGGGGGACUCUCAAGAAAUCCGUAUAAGGACGGGGGAAAGCAUCGAAAUUAAAUGGGGACUCAGGAAUCCUCUCUUAAAGGGGGGCAGGCAUCUCCUUUAAGGAGGGAUGCUCCAGCAUCCUCUUUGCAAGGGGGGGCCCAGGUACUCUGUAUUCAAGGUGGGGGACUCAGCCAUGUCUGUUUAGGGGGGGACGCUCAGGGAUGCUUUAUUCAAGUGGAGGGGGCUCAUGCAUCCUCUAUUCAAGGUGGGGGGUCAUGCAUUCUCUAUAAGGGGGGCUCUGAACCCUCUAUUCAGGGGGGGCACUGUACCCUCCAGUGGGGGCUUCAACACCCUCUAUUCAAGGAGGAGGGCUCAGGCCCCCUCUCUUUAUGGGGUGGGGCUCAGACAUCCUCUAUUCAAGGGGGCUCAAAUAUCCCCUUUUCAGAAGGGGCUGAAAUAUCCUCUGUUAUGGGGAGGCUCAGACAUCCUCUGCUUGGGUUCAGGCACCUUCUAUUUAUUCAGAGGCAGUUUGUGGCACCAGCGCAUACCUUCUCACCAGCCAGUAGGGGGUGACACUCUUACAGGCCCUGGGACUCACUGCAGGCCAGGGAAGGGCAUAGUCUGGUAGCAGGAAGGGCUUCCCUACCCCAGUGUAUAUACUGUAUCUGUGUAACAUUUUGUAUAUUCCAGAGGAUACAGGCCCCCUGUAUCAUAGGAGAGGAUGGAGCUGACGAAUGGGAGUGAGGUUCUAAUAAUUAGGGGAUGGGAAAACUUAUUUAUUGAUAGUAUAGCACAGAGGAAGGAGGUGGGGAUGGGGUUCUGGUGCCCUGGUGAUUCAACUCCUAAUUUAUUUUGCUUUUUAUUUCGGAAUAAAUGGUUUUAGCCAACA